UCAUUCUAUAGAUUUAGUGAUGUGCUGUGGAUAUACCGAGGGAUUAUGGAUAAGCUGGCUAAUUGGACUCAUGGUAUAAACGCAACAACCCAAGUCACAGGUCAGAACUGUGUAUCAAAUUCAUCAAAUUCUGCGUUCCUCUUAAACAAAUCGCUGGUCACUGCACCUUCAUGGAGUGCGAUACAACAAGACAUAAGAUGGGCGUUUCUAUUACAUGCAUAUAGCUUUGCAUGCCUCUUCUUUGUACUAGGAUUUUACACGCUCUUCUCUAUUCUAAAUUUAAGAUCUCUCAUAUCAACCAGGCCAUUUAUGUCCACGAUUAAUAUAUUCUUAUGUUUACUCGGGGCAUCGAGAGCUGCUUCCUUGUUCAUAGAUGCGUACAAUCUUAAAGAAAUUCUGCCCAAAGUCAUUGGCUCAAUUAUAUGGGACAUUGGAUAUCCAUGUAUUACAUCUGCUUUUUGUCUGAUACAAUUGGCUUUCCUGCAACUGACAAAAAUAAAAUUUGGUCCAGAGAAGAUACAGAAGGAAUCCUGCCUCAGUCUCAUUAUAACAGCACAUUUCUUCUUCAUUAUCGCCAGCGACAUUGUUUUGUCCUCCCAUAAUUGCUACAUGGUGAAAUACAUGGUUCAAGCGGCAUUUCUCGUCUGGAGCAUUCUUUUGUAUCUCGCUUUCCUACACGCGGCUUACAAAAUUGAUCAUUUGCUCCGGACUAUGCCAAGUAGUAUGUUGACACGAGACAAUUCCAAUGCCCAUCAGAAAGGUAUCAUGCAACUCGCGAUGUUAGCACCGUAUAGCAAUCUGGCGACUUCGGUUGCUGCCGCGCUGGUACCUACUUUACUUGGCCCAGCUAAAAUGAAAGGUCCAGAGGAAAGUGAGCCUGUAAAUGCGAAUAAAAAUGCAGAGGGAGCACCUCCAGAAGAAUCGCGAACCACAAUUACCACCAAAAUAUGUAAGAUAGAAGGACCAGCGCAAAAGGAAGUACAGAAUGUUACGAUACCUAUAUGUACCGUACAAUCACCGUCACAGGAACAAAAAUCAUCAGUACCGGAAGUCUAUGUUAGACCACCCACUCCUACUCCGUCAACUGCUAAUCUGCCAAUUAUAACUGUGUCCAGCCCGAGUCGUAGAAGUUCUAUGACCAGUCGACGAGGUAGCGACACGUCCACAAAAUCCUCGCGCAGAAAUUCGGAAUGUAGCGUUAGAUUUAUAAAUGAGGAGAAUACCACAGAAUGCAAACGCACGACGGAGGGUAGCCCUAGACCGUUGCCAAGAAUGCGAGAGGAGUUUGAAAGGAAUCGCUCGCCAGAAAGUCCACGACGAUACUCUGAGAAUAUCUCACCGACAGGCAGCACUAGGGAACUAAGACGAUGCUCCGAUUUUACUCAUGAAAAGAAUCGUGGCUCACAGUUCGCAGUUAAGCUGCGGAGGAAUAGCGAUUUUGGUAAUAGAACGCCCAGAAGAAUGUUGCCACCUGACGAACAUCCUAGAUUGCCCAAAGUCCUGGAUGUUAGCCCCGCAGGUUCAAGACGCAAUUCCGAUAUUGGUAUAUCACCCAGACCCGACUCGCGGAGAAAUUCCGAGAGUUCCUAUCGACGCAACUCCGAGUUUAUUCACAUUAAACCGUUAAUUAUAAAUCGUCGGAGUAGUGAUAUCAGUAUUAGAACUCUAGAUAGAAGUCCCACACACUUUCAGAGUAUAGUACCUAUUAAAACGGAGGUGCAGGAGAAAUCUGAAUCAGAUUCAGAUCAUCCUGAUUGCAGCGAGAAGGCAGCGCUGAUGACCGAAAAAUCCAAGAGUAAAGAAGAAGAACCAAAAGUACGCAAAAAAAAUUUGUCAUGGAAUGAUAAAAAUAUUGAAGACGCGGAAGACAUCACGCCAGAAACUAACUUACUUCCCGAAAAUACGUCUAGUGAAGCAAGAGUUAUGAAUACAGACUUCACUCUUCAUUCGAUACUGAAUCACAUUGCGUAUGUAAAUCGAGCGAAAUCUGAUACGCCACUACAUAUUCCGGAAGCAGAUACCGCAGUUGCCAGGAAAUCUCAGAUGCAAAAAGUAUUAAACGUUACACGUGCUACUGCGAUUUUAGGAAUCCUUCUAUCCGUCACGGAUGCCUUUCGUAUUUUUGGACCAUAUGGACUCUUUGCUGAAACCGUACCAUACGGUACAGAACCAGCACCAACGCAGUUUCCCAUGCCGUGGCCGUGGCUGUUGUAUCAAACGAUACCCAGGAUAUUCGAAUUUCUGAUGGGCUGCGCUAUGGCGAAUAUAACUAAGCAGCCAUCAGUAAGUCCACGACAUCAAUAUCUGAGCAAUUAUCCUAAUUAUUCCCCGCGCAUAAAUAGAGGUAAUAAUCCUUAUAUAUGA